AUGGAUAUUAUAUCAUCCCUCGUCUGGAUUAAACGUGGAGCCGCUAAAGCUGCUCCAAUUAAAUUUAUGCCCGAACAAGAAGAACUCGAUAGCAUGAUUGAUAAAAGCGGUGAUCAUAAUGAGGACGAGACAACAAAAGAUGUUGAUAUGGAUGUUGAAAAACGUGAUGAACUCGAUGAUCAAGAAGAUGAUGAAGAUAAUGUUCGCAUACCCGGUGUGGGUCCUAUUGCCAUGCAUGCAUCUAAUCGUGAUGAUCCUUUACUUGAAAUAAAAGAUGAUGGCGAAGAUUCAGAUGCGGAAGAUUAUUUUAUUCGACCAGACGAUAAUCUCAUUGUUUCUGCACAUAUUGAAGAUGAUACUUCUAGUCUUGAAGUCUAUGUUUACAAUGAUAAAGAAGGUUAUCUCUAUGUACAUCAUGAUAUAUUAAUGUUGAAUAUGCCACUAUGUUUAACAUGGUUAGAUUAUGAUGUUAAUAAUGCUAAUGCAGUUAAUUAUCUUGCAGUAGGAAGUAUGGAAGGUGUUAUUGAAUUAUUUGAUGUUGAUCUUGUUGAUCAAAUGGAACCAUUACAUACAUUUGGAAACAAAUCAAAAAAGAAAAAGACAAAAUUAUCUAAAAAAGCUUCUAAAAAAACAAAUACUAAUAAAUCAAGUGAAGGUCAUGAUGGUGCUAUACUUGACUUAUCAUGGAAUAAACUUGUUCGUCAAAUAAUUGCAUCAAGUUCUGCUGAUGCAACUAUAGCUUUAUGGGAUCUAAGCCAAAUGAAAAUGGCUUUACAUUUACAAAAAUUACAUGAAAAACAGAUUCAAUCGAUAUGUUGGCAUCCGAUUGAAGCACAAAAUUUACUUUCAGGUUCAGCAGAUCGAACUGUAUGUUUAGUAGAUUGUCGUGAUGCAAAUAAUAAAGCAAGUCAACAUCGAUGGACAUUCGAUUCAGAUAUUGAACGAGUUGCUUGGAAUACAUUUGAUACUAAUCAAUAUUUAGCAUCAACUGAAAACGGAUAUGUUUAUGCGAUGGAUAUUCGAAAAACAACAAUACCUAUUUUUAGUUUAUCUGCACAUGAUGGUGCUGUUACUGGUUUAUGUUUAAGUUCAAGUGUACCUGGUCUUCUGGUAACAUCGUCAUUUGAUGAUUGUGUUAAAGUAUGGGAUAUUGAUAAUGAAAAUGUCAUAUUUAUUGCUGAACGACAAUUUCAAACAGGUCGAAUUAAUACAUGUCUUGCUAAUCCUGAUUUUCCAUUUACAUUUGCUUUUGGUGGACAAUCAAAAGGUUUACAAGUAUGGGAUUGUUCAGAAAAUUCAAAUGUUCGUUCACGAUUUGGUUCUCGGGCAAAAUUCGAAAUGGUCGAAGUAGCUAAUGAAAUAGCAUCAACUAUACCAACAGUUUCAUCUUUUCCAACAACUGCUCCGACUGUAACAUCAGCUGUACUAAAAGCACAACGAAAAAAAUUGUCUAAGAAAAAUAAGUAA